AUGCCGCUACCCAGAAUGAUGGACCCCGGCUUCCCGGUCUACAAUGGCAACUUUCCUGCAGCAUACCCCGGGUUCUCAGGUCCUCCGACUACCAAUUUCGAUGGUAGCGCAUUUUGGUAUAACCCCGAUGAUUCCGACCAACUGUUUGAGAGAGAGACAAGCAUCUUUGGGGGUCGAGGUGUCGCUCUUCCACAAACAGGUAUGGAGGCUUCGAGUGUCAAACAUCGCAGGACUCGCAGUGGUUGCUUCACUUGCCGUACCAGAAGAGUCAAGUGCGAUGAAACCCGACCUGUUUGUGACAGAUGCAAGAAAGGAAGUCGUGAGUGCGAAUUCCCACAGCCGGCCACCGCUUCCAAACGAUCUAAGCAGAGCGAGAGCCGAAGUCCGAAGGAUACAACGAAACACGAGAACAAGAUUGAGCCCAUGUCAGGACUAGCCACCAUCAAGGAUGAAAGCGACAGCGACAACGAGCCCUCGAGCUCGAGUACAAUACGGCCUGCUUUUGGCCGCCUACGUACUGACAGUGGUCAAUCAGUCAGUCAAUUGAGCAAAUCCAAAGAUGUCUCCGAGACGCCCUCGACGGGCAAGGAAUAUACAAGCCCACAGUCGAUAGACGCCUCAGAGACCCGAUCGAGGGACGAAACACCUGCUUCGUCACUGCGGACCGUCGCCAAUUCGGCAGAGAUGCAAGCGCGACAAGCAAAAAUAAGAGCGCUCCCACCUGACCUGCAGAAGUACCUUCAGUUUCAACAGGAGUACAUGACACAUUACCACUAUUUCUUCAAACUAGACCCUACAGACUUUGUGCAUGGCGAGUUCAUCGACCUCGCUCUGUCCUAUGAGCCACUGUUGUACGCGGCCGUCGGGUUCGCUGCAUAUCACUACGAAUUGCAGCAGCCCGACGCCAAGCUAUCGCACUUCCUCGGAUACCAUAGCAAGUCCCUGUCCAUGCUCAGAAAAUCCUUGGAAAGGAAUGCGAAGGUGACGGAAGCUACUCUACUGACGGUGUUGCAGUUGGCAACGUUUGAGGAAUAUAUCGGGGAUUGGAUGCACCUUACAGGACACCAUCGGGCCGCUUGCUCCAUGAUUAAGAAUAUGUUCACCUGCGACUCGAUGAUGGAAACCGAUAUAGGAAGACGUAUCUUCAGCUGGCAUGCUCGACUGGAUAUCACAGUCGGCCUGAUGGCGGGUAAUGAGACCCGGCUAGGCCGAGAGUGGUUCGAGGCGAAUUCCACGUGGUACUUUAACCAAAUCAACAACGACCCUGAGGGCGACCUGGACAUCGAAAAUAUUUUGGCCUACUUUGUGGCAGCCAAUCGACUGAUCGGGAUGGAUUACGCAUACUUUUUUGCCAAGUUUUCAGAGCGUCAAAUCAGCGAGGAAGCCUUCCGUUCGGAGGUUGCGAAAGUCGUCGAAAGAAUGGAAUCUAUGAAACGUGAGAUCGAGCUUUUCAAUGACGAGUACUACCGAGUACAAGAAUUCCCGGUUGAGCAGAUCCGGCCGUUGACCAGCGACGACAUUGUCAAUCCGUAUGCCCCUGGAGGACUCUUCAAGGAUGCAUUGUGGCCCCUGAACUUUAUGUGGAUCGACUGGUACAGCCUCGAACAAAUGCAGAAAUGGCAAAUGGCGGCAUUGCUCGACACACCAGCGCCUCCAGACUUGGAGCAGAUAAGCCUUGAGCAGUGUCGCAUUAUGGAAGCCAUUGAGCGAUGGCAUGAGGCGCCGAAUGGAGCUAUUCUUGGAGCGCAUGCAAGUCUAGGUCUUGCCUCCAUAUUCUUGAAGAAGGAUGAAAGGCAUACAAGGUGGCUUAGAAGGAAGUUUGCCACAGUGGAACGACUGGGCUAUAUCUUCCCGCCAACAUUCCGCCAAAAGAUGGCGGUAGCAUGGGGGUUGACUUGCAGCGAAGUCGGAGAGAAUGAAGCCGUGGAGAACUGGUGGCUCCCAAACGAUGAGGGAAACAUUCCCAUGCUGAAAGAACUUCGCAGAGUGGUGACCGAAAGGCAUGAGAAUGACGAAAUGUCCGCCAUGGAGUCUCUCGCCAGUGUGAGAGACUUGAAGGCCAUCUUCGAGAAGAUGGACAUACGAACCCAGGCCCUCGCCGAAUCUGGGAUGACGGCAGAAAACCCCAGCCCACCCAGCGAUGGUGGGUCGAGUGACCGAGGUAGCAAUGCCAGUUUCAGCCCGACAAGCAUGAGUUUCGGCGAAGGUCGCAGUGGCAUAGGGUCUGCUCAGAUGCAAGAGGGCGGUUAUGCGGGAAGGAUGACACGAGCGAACAUGAUGCUAUGA